UUCAGUUUCCAACCAACUGCCUCCUCUCCUCCCCUUUAAAUUACUUCCCUUCUCUGCUCUUCGCGUCACUUUCCAAACACCCCCUCCCUCUCGGCUCUCUUCCUCUCUCACACCCUGAAAUAAAAAAUGCCUAACACCACCGCUUUCCUCCGCCUCCUUCCGCCGGUUCCCGUCUCACGCACAUAUCCAUCGUCAGAUCCAGGGGCGGUUCUCUCCGGUGUUUGUUCUUUUGCGACUGAAAAUAAAAGGUCCGGCUUUGGUCUUCUGCGCUCCAGACGUAACGCAAUACCCAGGAUUUCUGCUCACGUCUACACGGAGAUCCUUCAGAAUGGCCUACCAACGGCAGAAUGGCUGGAGACUCUGAAGAAUGACAGAGAAGGGGAAGCUCCUAAGGUUUCCAUCUCUAAGGAGAUAGUAGAGAGGGUGGAUUCCAUUAAAGCUAUGUUGAGUUCUAUGGAAGAUGGAGAAAUUAGCAUCUCAGCUUAUGACACCGCAUGGGUAUCUCUGGUUCAAGAUAUUCUUGGAGGUGGUGCUCCCCAGUUCCCUUCUAGCCUUCUGUGGAUCGUCGACAAUCAACUCCCUGAUGGUUCCUGGGGCGAUCAUCGUAUAUUUUCUGCUCACGAUCGGAUCAUUAGCACUUUGGCCUGUGUGAUUGCAUUGAAAUCAUGGAAUAUCUGUCCGAGGAAGUGCGAUAAAGGAGUGGUAUUUAUUCGGGAGAACAUGAGUAGGCUCGAAAGCGAAAACCCAGAGCACAUGUCCAUAGGUUUUGAAGUUGCUUUCCCUUCUCUCAUCGAAAUUGCUCGAAAGCUGCAUUUGCAGGUUCCUGUUGAUUCUACUGUCAUGCAAAUGAUAAGUGCCAAGAGAAAUCUAAAGCUUACUAGGAUACCCAAGGAAAUGAUGCACAUAGUGCCCACAACGCUCCUCCAUAGCUUGGAAGGAAUGCCUGGUUUGGACUGGGAAAAGCUUCUCAAGCUGCAGAGCCCAGAUGGGUCCUUCCUGUUUUCUCCAUCCUCCACAGCCUUUGCCCUCAUGCAGACUAAAGAUGAAAACUGCUUAAAAUAUCUCAAAAGAGUUGUUGAAAGAUUCAAUGGAGGAGUACCCAACGUCUACCCUGUUGAUUUAUUCGAACACAUUUGGGCUGUGGAUCGCUUGGAACGCCUUGGCAUUUCUCGAUACUUCCAAUCAGAAAUUAAAGAAUGUCUCGAUUAUGUCUACAGGUAUUGGACUGAAGAUGGAAUUUGUUGGGCUAGAAACUCAACAGUACAUGACAUUGAUGACACAGCUAUGGCUUUCAGGCUCCUAAGGUUACAUGGCCACGAUGUUUCCCCAGAUGCAUUUCGGCAUUUCGAGAAAGGUGGCGAAUUCUUUUGUUUCGCAGGACAAUCAAACCAGGCAAUUACCGGAAUGUUCAAUCUCUACAGGGCAUCUCAGGUAUUGUUCCCCGGAGAGAAGAUCCUUGAAGAAGCAAAGACAUUUUCAUCCAGGUUUCUAAGUGAAAAACAGGCUUCCAAUCAACUACUAGAUAAAUGGAUAAUAACCAAGGACUUGCCUGGGGAGGUGAGAUAUGCUCUUGACAUUCCAUGGUACGCCAGUCUCCCCCGGCUGGAGGCCAGAUAUUAUCUAGAACAGUAUGGUGGAGAAGACGACGUAUGGAUCGGGAAAACACUUUACAGGAUGCCUUUAGUUAACAACAACGUCUAUCUUGAGCUUGCAAAGUUAGACUUCAACAAUUGCCAAGCAUUGCAUCAGCAUGAAUGGGUCAAUCUUCAAAAAUGGUACACAGACUGCAACCUUGGAGAGUUUGGGGUGAACAGGGGGACACUUCUCCAGGCCUACUACGUAGCAGCAGCGAGCAUAUUCGAGCCCGAGAGAUGGACUGAGCGGCUAGCAUGGGCCCGAACGGCAGUCCUUGUCGAGGCGGUCUCCUUGUACUUGGAGAAGGAAGACCCACAGAGGGGAGCCUUCGUCCAUGAUUUCUUCAGCAACAUUGGCGGCAGCAGCAUCUUCAGCAGUGACAACAAAAACAAGCUUGAUAAGAGGAGGUGGGGAUCGAAGAGGACAGCGGAGAGACUCGUUGAGGCCCUACUGGGGACCCUCAACCGACUAUCGUUGGACUCACUGCUGGCGCACGGCCAAGACGUACUCCUCCACUUACGACGCGCUUGGGCCACGUGGCUACUGAUAUCGCUUGAUGAAGCAGAGGAAGAAGAAGAAGAAGAAGACAAGCAACAGACAGGAAGAGAGGCAGAGCUCCUUGUGCGCACCAUAAAUCUCUGCGCCGGUCGUCCCCUCUCGGAGGAGCUCUUGUGCCAUCCCCACUAUCGUCGCCUCGUCCAACUCACCAACAGAGUCUGUCACCACCUUCGUCGUUUCCGAGAAUGGAAGGUAAACGAAAGGAGCAGCGAUGAUCCAAAUACAAGCAGCAUCACCACCUGUGAAAUCGAAUCAGACAUGCAAGAGCUGGUCCAAUGUGUGCUCCGGAGCUCUGAUGGCAUCGAUCCUGCGAUCAAGCAAACAUUCCUUGCCGUUGCCAAGAGUUAUUACUACACCGCCCAUUGUCCGCCAGCCAUGAUCAACCUCCACAUAGCCAAAGUUCUCUUUGAGAGUGUACACUGAUUUUUUUUGUUGUGUAACUUGAAUUUCCUACAUACAGAUACAGUUGUAUUUGUGUAAAUCCCUGAAAAAUAAUUAUUCUCAAAAUCGAUUCAAUUCAAUCCAAAAUACUUCUGAUUCUGAGUACAACAACUGUUUA